AUGACCUCCCUCUGGCCCGAUCUCGCUGCGGCCUCCCUCUCCGCCUCGUUGAUCUCGCCCGUCAUCGCUCUGAUCGACAAGUCUCUCAUCCCCAAGAAUAACUCCCCCGCUCUCCCCGCAAGACCCAAGCCCCCCGUCUCUCUCGCCCGCCCCUUCGGCAUCGUCUGGACUCUCUAUGCCACCACCUACACCGUCGCCAACACCGGCGACUCGCUGUCCUCGCGCGUCCAGUACCAGCAUGCCGCGCUGCUGGCUAGCGCCGCCACCAUCGCCGUGAACGUGCCGCUGGGGAUCUGGAAAGAUCUGCGGUUUGCGCAAAUGUUCGCGGGGGGUGCGACGGCGGUAACCACGGCGGCGAAGACGGCGCAAGAGGCCGUCUCCACGGUGUCGAAGGAAGUCGUCGGGAAGGAGAUCUCGAAGAUGGGUAUUGGGUCGGGGAGAUGGAAACCAGCAAGCGCAGGAGGAGGACGUCUCGCUACAGGGGCCUUCCUCAUGCGCGACGUCAUUACCAUUGUCGCGUCGUUUACGCUGGCGCCGCGAUGCGCAGAGUACCUGACUACGUCGGGUAUGUUGGACUCGGAAUCGAGUGAGAACCACGGGGCACUCGCGAUGAAGACGAAGAUGGAAGCGCAUCCCCAUGAAAUCUCCCAAAAAGCGACCAUCAUCGCGCAAUUGGCUGUCCCCGUGCUGUCGCAAGUCGUCGCCACGCCGGUGCAUCUGGUCGGGUUGGAUAGUUUCUCGCGACCGAUGGCCAGCUGGGCCGAGAGGAUGGCGUUUGUUCGGAAACAUGUGUUGCCGACGACGGUGGGACGGUGUUUGAGGAUUAUUCCGGCCUUUGGGGUGGGUUUGGUGGUGAAUACGGAGUUGCGGUUGUUUUUUGCCUAG